CUUUCGCCUGCACCGAGAAAGUGACACACGGCAGAGCCACCCACUUCGAAUAUGAAAAUCCCAUGCAUGAAAGGUUUCCUCUUCCUGGGAUUCCUCAUCGUGGCUUCCUGCCACCUGACAGAAGGAAGGAGAUUCCACAACCAUUCCGUCGUCCGGGUCUUCCCCCGCGAUCUGGCAUCCUUGGACGCCAUCCGAAAAUUCCGACUCUCCCACUCCGAGCUGGAUUUCUGGAGGGAGCCGUCCAAAGUGGAUUCCCCUGUGGACUUCAUGGUCGGUCCGGAGGAUCAGAGUGAUAUUCUCCGUGAACUCCGACGAGACGGUUUCCACCCUCAAGUCAUCAUUCCCGAUGUCCAAAGAAUUCUCAUUCUGAAGAACCAAAACCAGACACAGACGGACUACCUUUACGACGUGCACGAGCUCCUCGGUUGUACUUACGAAUGGUUUGACUCCCUCCCAUCCACGUAUCCAGACGUCGUUUCCCUGGAGACCAUCGGAUCCUCCUGGGAAGGCAGGGAUCUCAAGCUUCUCCGGUUCAACAAGGACUGCGGAAUUCCAAAAACGGCAGCCUUCAUCGUUGCGAACAGUCUAACCACUGAAGAGCUACAAGAACCCCACAGCAUCCGCAGAUACGCCGAUCUAUGGCCUCCUGACUGGAACCGGAUGUGGGUGAGGACGAUGAGCGACCACGACCCCGAAGACGGUUGCAUCGGAGUCGAUCCGGAGCGAAACUUCGACUUCCAUUGGAGCGUUUAUCCUGUACGAACGCAGACACCCUUUGUGCCACGUUCGUACGAAAUAAGCUGGACUCACGAGUUAACGAAUCACGCCGACGUGUCAUCGCAUUCACGACCCGUUGCAGCCAGCGGGGAUUGUUCAUCAGCGCCAUCGCCAUUCAGCGAAUCGGAGACGAGGGCAAUCGCCGAUUACGUGCUGGAGAACAUGCCCCAACUGGACUUCAAGCUCUAUCUCGACAUCCAUUCCUACUCUCAGUUCUUUCUCUUCCCAUGGGGGUUCACAACCACGCAUCCGGACGACUACGACGAUCUCGUGAGCCUCUCUCUUUCUCCUUUUCAUUGCGUUGAACAACACAUAGACGAAUCCUCGGGUACGUCGACGGACUGGAUGAAAGGGGUGGCCGGUAUCAAAUAUUCCUAUGAGUGUAUGCUGAGAGACACAGGAGUCUGGGGAUUCCUCCUUCCGCCCUUUCAGAUCAUUCCGUCCGGGGAAGAAACACUGGACGGCUUGGUCGCCUUGCUCGAUGCCGUCAGGGAGCGAUCCUGCGGAAAUGUCCCGUGACAGAAUUGAAUAAAGCGUCCGCGGAGAAAUUAAUGGAGGGAAUAUCGUCGUUGAUUUUUUUGAUAACGUCUCUAUGUCUCUAUGUCGUAUGAUGGGAAUAUAAAUUGGUGGGGCCGGAC